UAACUCGGAUACAUUACACACACCGGACCGACCGUCCACCUCGUCCCCGCCGACCGGUCACCAGGUCCUCGCCCUCAUGUCCACCGCCGCGGUGCUCAUCGCCGCUGUCGUCGGCGGAGGGGUGCUGGUCCUCAUGCGCCGCUUGUUCCCCGCGCAGAGAGCCGGCGCCGGGGAGCUGCUCCACUAUGCGGCCGACACCAUGCGGGGGAAGACGGUCAUCGUGACCGGGGCCAACUGCGGCAUCGGGAAGGCCCUGGCCGCGGAGCUCGUGAAGCUGCGAGCCCGCGUCAUACUGGCCUGUCGCGACCAGCGGAGCGCCGAGGAGGCGGCACGCGACAUCAGGAAGCAGGCGGGACCCGGCCAGGGGCAGGUGGUCGUCAAGCACCUGGACCUGGCGUCCCUCGGGUCGGUCCGCAGGUUCUGUGAGGAAAUGAACGAGGAGGAGUCCAAGAUUGACGUGCUCAUCAACAACGCGGGCGUCUACCAGUGUCCCUACGCGAAGACCGAGGACGGUUUUGAGAUGCAGCUCGGCGUGAAUCACCUGGGUCACUUCCUCCUCACUCACCUGCUGCUCGACCUGCUGAAGACCUCGGCCCCCAGCCGCGUCGUCGUGGUUUCCUCCAAGCUGUACAAGUACGGCCGCGUCAACUUCGACGACCUGAACAGCGAGAGCAACUACGACAAGUCCUCCUGCUACAGCCAGAGCAAGUUGGCCAACCUGCUGUUCACGCUGGAACUGGCUCGUCGGCUGGAGGGCACGGGGGUCACGGUCAACGCUCUCACCCCGGGCAUCGUGAGGACCAGACUGGGCAGGCACGUCCAAAUCCCCCUCCUGGCAAAGCCGCUGUUCUACAUCGCUUCGCUGCUCUUUUUCAAGAGUCCGCUCCAGGGGGCCCAGACUCCCCUCUAUCUGGCCUGCGCCCCGGAGGUGGAGGGGGUGUCGGGCAAGUGCUUCGCCAACUGCGAGGAGGAGGAGUUGAUGGCCAGAGCUACAGAUGAGCACGCAGCUAAGAAACUGUGGGACGUAAGCAGCAGGAUGGUUGGACUCACUCAGACAUAGGCACCGUCCUGCUCUGUGGAGGGUCUUUCAGGGGACUCAUGCAUCCUUGGACCAAGAUGAUUAAUCCCCAGCAGCCCCGCUGACUCGGGACUCGGGCUGCUGUUGUUUCGGGGAGAGACGGCUUGUGAAAAGACCAAUUGCCACAGUUGGGUUCAAAUAAUUAAUGGACAGACAUAUACUAUGUACUAUUGUAAAAAGUGUGUAAAUUAAAUUGUGCAGAGAUUGUAUGAAAAGGAUGGGGAUGAUGCAAUCGGAGUAAUACUUUUCAAAUAAACUCAUUAUACAAUGAAAUAUUUCCUAAAACUUGCUGGUGCCUGGUUGGUCUGAGGUUAUUAAUACAAAACCCAGAUAGCACCUUGCUCUUAUGCCAAUGACUAAGAUUCAAAAAGACAUCAUGAUGAAAGGGAACAAGCUCAUCUCCUCAUAGCAUUUCUUCAAAGCCAAACUGAGCCGACACACUUCCCUCCAUUGAGAAGUGGCAUUAUUGCCCGUGUUGGAAUAGUACAUCUGCAUACUUGACCAUGUAUUUUGCUGUGUUUAAAAAAAGAGGGGUGGGGAGGGGGGCAGUUGAUAAUCUAGUUUCCCCUCGUGUUUGCGUUUGAAGUGUAAAUUCUCGCUGCCGUGUCUGGAGGAGCUGCAACAAUACAGUAAGGUCGACAAUGCAGAUCGUGUGAGAUCCUGCUGAUGCUGCGGAUCCCUCCUGUGGAGGAAUUCAAUCCCACAUGUAAAUCCUCUCUUAACCUCAUCGGGGAGGAUGCAAUAAUUAUAAUGUGAAAUUCAGACGUACACAAAUAAAUAUAAUGACACUCCUGA